CUGAUGUCAUCUACAUUAAAGGCCCCGUUGGCACCCCUGCCAUGGACAGAGAUCCUUGUGUAUUGGGUGCUGUCCUUCGGCUCUCAUCUGUACUCUUUUUACGAACUUCACAGAUUCUCCAAAGAACAUGAAGCAGGAUUAGAGAGAGGAUUCCUGUUGGAAAAAGGCCUGCUCCAGGGUUUUAAAAGGGAUCCUUCGGACUUUGAGUGGAGUUUCUGGACUGAAUGGGCUAAGAAGUCUUUGCUCUGGACUCUGAUUGGACAUGGUGCAAUAUCCAGAUUGAGCAGCAUCUUUUACCCAAAGUUUAGGAUACCAGCCCUCACAGUAUACGGUGUCAUAGCAGCCAGCAUUGCGUUGGGGAUUAAAGGUGUAGGUGUGCUGUUGCUACAUCUGGGCUUGUCCUUCUCAGUGGCCCAACUGAGAAAGCCUGCUGUGUCCUGGACCUGUAACCUGCUGCUCCUCUGCACCCUGCACAUCCAACCACUUCAAGAGAUCCAGAGAGGCUGGUAUGAGACCGAAGAGGAGUACUACCUGCUACUCUUCAGUGUUGCAGUCUGUGGUCUCCGUUUCAUCAGCUUCAGCCUGGAGCAUUGCUGGUGCCCUUUCGGCCGUAGUGGCGUUGUGCAGCUCUAUUGGCUGUUUUCAUACACUUUCUAUCAUCCCUUUUUCUACAAUGGACCCAUUAUCACAUACAAAGACUACAUUGAGCAGAUGCAGAGGCCUGCUGAGGAGAGUGACAGGGACAAAUCUGCUUUUAUUUACUUUGUGCUCCGAUCAGGACGGAUCAUACUGUGGUGGUGCAUUGCAGAAUACAUGAUCCAUGUAAUGUACAUGCACUCCAUCCAGUCUAAUGAAACUUACCUCGAAAUUCUCCCUCCUUGGGCUUUGGGUGGUCUGGCCCUGGCCCUCGUCCAGUUCUUCUAUGUGAAGUAUCUGGUACUGUUUGGCUUGCCGUCCAUGCUGGCCACUCUGGAUAAGCUUGUUCCCCCAAACCUACCUCGUUGUGUCAGCAUCAUGUACAGUUUCACAGGGAUGUGGAGGCAUUUUGAUGAGGGCCUGUAUCGAUGGCUCAUCAGAUACAUCUAUGUGCCGUUGGGAGGUUCACGGCAUGGUCUUCUAUGCAAAAUGUUGUCCACUGGCCUGGCGUUCGGAUUUGUCUGCCUAUGGCAUGGUGGCCAUGACUACUUACAAUACUGGGCCCUCAUGAAUUGGGUUGGAGUUCUGGUGGAAAAUGGACUGAACUCUUUCUUUGCCAUAUCUUUUAUUCACUCCAUUCUUGAGCAGAAUUUCUCUGCGGCAAUGAAAAGGCGUUGCGUUGCCCUUCUGUCUGCCUUCUCCACUGCCAUGCUCAUCCUCUCUAAUCUGGUGUUCCUUGGGGGGAUACAUGUUGGCAGAAUCUUCUGGAAGCGCGUCUUCAUUCAAGGAUGGUCUACCAUUGCUCCACCUAUGCUGGCUUUCCUCUACUGCUUUGCUCAGAUUGGACUCGAGUGGACUUCUCACCCACCAUGA